AUGCACCUGAUUGGUAUUAAAUAUAAACGUUUUCUACAAUUAAGCCUGUUAUUUUAUUUUCUAAGGGAUCCAGCUGGUCCCGAGCUUUUACAGCUCUCGAACGAAGCCCGGCGUAAACAUCCUGAAAUCAAAGAGGCAGCAGAAAGAUCAAUUAUCAUUCUACGUACACUAAAGGACCCUGGAUUGGAUAUAUCACAAGAGCUCGCGAAAAAUAAAGAUUUCUUGCGACCUUUUCUUCUUGCUUGCGAAACGAAACAUGUCAAGUUAAUUACCAUAUCAAUAGGUUGCCUUCACAAGUUAAUAUCGCACCAUGCAAUUCCUGAGUCUUCAGUGAAAACAAUUCUCAAGACACUUAAUGACAUUAUGUCACAAGGAGUUGAUAUACAGCUUAAAAUCUUACAAACAGUUCCCCCAUUACUGAGCAAUUAUCAAGCAUUACACGGCGAUCUUUUGGCGGAGGCUUUAUUGGUUUGUUUUCGCCUUCAAGAUUCAAAGAUUGUAGUGGUAAAUAACACAGCAGCCGCUACAUUACGUCAGCUAGUGAUUAAUGUUUUUGAAAAGGUUCAGGAAGAGGAUAAGAUUCAUGAAAAAUAUGGAUCGAUACAACCUACUUCGACUACGAUAACAGUUCAAGGAGAAGGCGAUAUAUCACUCCGCCCUUGUGCGAAAGAUGCUUAUUACCUUUUUCAAGAUUUAUGUUUAUUGACUAAUUCCGAACAACCAGUUUACCUUAGAUUAUAUAGUUUAUCAAGAACAUUUGGUCUAGAGUUGAUAGAAUCAGUAUUGACGAACCAUUCAAAACUAUUCAAGCCGCACCCAGAAUUCGUAUCCUUACUAAAAGAGCGCGUUUGUCCUCUUAUUAUCAAAAAUUUUUCUGAAAAAUAUGACUUUCCAACUAUUAUGCGUUUGAUGCGGGUGGUUUAUAUUCUGCUUAAACAAUUUAACGAAAUUCUGGUUAUGGAAUGCGAAAUAUUUCUCAACAUGUUUAUCAAGUUUCUAGAGCCCGAUAAUCCAUUAUGGCAGCGAGUUAUAUCUAUGGAGAUAUUUCGAGGCAUUUGUGUGGAUGGUAGUUUACUCCGUUCUAUAUAUAAUUGGUACGAUAAGCAGGGUACUUCUACUCACGUAUUUCGAGAUAUGAUAAAUGUCUUUGGAAAAUUGGCCGCCGAGAAACCUCAAGUGUUAGGCGUUGGUAGCCAUUCAUUAAUUGGACAUUCACAUCAAGGCAGAGAGAGCUUGGAGGUAUCUAGCAUGACUGGUGUUGGAAUAGGAGGGCCUGGUCAAGUUGAUUCAGGUUUGAACACAGCAAAUUCGACAAUGAAGAUCCAGUGUGUUGAUCAAUUGGAUAAAGUAGAUCCACCACCAAUCCCUGAAACAUACCUAUACUAUCUUGCACUUUUAUGUCUUAAUUCAAUAGCGGACGGUCUACACAAUUUUGUUCUCAUGAUUUUUACCGAUAUCAUCCAAAAACAGCAAUCGGAAAGAAACUCAUCAGAACGUCAAAAUCUUAAUUCAUCAUCUCCUUCAUCGUCUCCGAAGAUGCCUACGAUGCAACAACCCACAGCUUUUGGAGUUUCUGCAUUGAAGAAACUUGAAUCUCAUCCAUUCCACAAGGAAAUUUUGCUGACUACUGAAAUGGCUAAUACUGCAUGGCCGGGAUUACUUGCUGCUCAAUCUUUUUUUCUUACUGCUAAUCUUGAUGACGAAUUAUUCUCAGGUGUUUUGCGUGCUUAUCAAAAUUUCACGAUCGUAUGUGGAGUGCUUCAGCUAUCAACUCCCCGUGACGCUUUUUUGACAAGUUUAUGUAAAGGAGCUGUUCCUCCUAGUGUUGUUGCUGCAUUCUUUGCGGAAAAUAGAGCAACUCACAAUAGCAGUGGUACCAGCGGGUCACCUAGUGAUGGGUCGUUACUAGUCACUUUGUCAGAUAGAAAUUUAUCUUGCCUGAAGAUUUUGUUGAACAUUGCACAAUACCUCGGUGGAGUGUUGGGCGAAUCAUGGUAUUUGGUUUUGGAAACAUUACAACUGGCAGAUUAUAUUCUCUUUCCAAAACAUGGCAGAGGUGGAACGAGAACUCGGAGACUUGGUUCUCAGAAUGCUGCAUCAGUAUCAGUUACUUCUUUGUCUUCACCGCAUACCGCCGGAAGCAGUAAUUCGUCUCUUCUACAGCCCUCAACAACUCCUCCUAAUGUUAAGAGAUCAUAUUCCUCAGGAGCUUCGUCUACACAAGCUGUCUCAUCAUCGACUUAUAUCGUCUCUCAACAAACGGCCAUCGAAAAUGAUUUAAAUAUUCUAUUGAGUCAGAUAAAGAAAUUAUUCGAUAAUUGCAAAUAUCUUGACGAUGAUGCUUUGCAGUUUUUCACGAGGUCUUUAUGCAAGCUCAAUGCUUACACAUGGGGAUUACCUUUAGACGAAGAACUUUCAGUUACAACCCAGGAAGCAGUGUCGGCGGAGAGUAAAACACCCAAAUAUACACCAUUGAGCGCCUUGCGAGGGAAUAAGUCCGAUGAAAAAUCUUUUGCCAUUGAGAAAUUGCGCACCGUUUCGCUUUCAAAUAGCCACCGUUUGAUUUUACGAGAACCUUCUCUCGUCUGGAACUUGAUUGUUUCACACUUGAUCACAACCGCAAAUUACAUUUCAACUCCAUACGUAAUUCGUAUGCAGGCUUGCGAAGUAUUGGCCGAGAUUAUUAUCACGUCUAUGAGUUAUGCUGGUUCGGUGCAGAUGGAGUGUGACGAACGGAUCCAAAUGCAGCUUUUGAAUUCAUUGAAUCAACUAGUAAAUAAUCCGGAUAGGGCAUUACAGAAUUCUAAUAAAACAUCAUACAUCGAUGUUCAGAAGAUGGGACUUGAGACUUUGAAUAAGUUGCUGCAAACAUCCGGUCAUUCUUUCAUAUACGGGUGGGGGAUGAUUUUUGACAUGAUUAAGAGUGUUUGUUCAGUAAACAAUUCGGAAAAUGAAGAUGAUGGUAAUGUGACAGUUAUUGAGAAUCUGAAUAUAAUUGAUGCAUCAUCAUUUGGUGUAUCCAACAGCAAAACAUCAGGCCUAGUACGUGUAGCGUUUCCUUCAUUGCAGCUCAUUUGCACAGAUUUCUUGUCAUCGUUAUCUCCCGAAUGCUUGAAACAAUGUAUAAAUACAUUGGGUGCAUUUGGGCUGCAAAUGGAUGAUCUUAAUAUAAGCUUGACGGCAAUUGGACUAUUAUGGAAUGUAUCCGAUUUUAUACAAAUAAAACGAACUGAACUUGAAAAGAAUUUUAAAGUGAAGGACGAGGAAGCCGAGAUUGUCAAAGAUGUGAAGAUUGAACAAGAGAUCGAACGUGUCAUUCAAGGAGAAUUAUCACCACAUACUAUGAAUGCAUUAUGGAUGUUAUUGUUGUUGCAACUCUCAAAGAUUUGCUCCGACAUAAGACCAGAAGUGCGUAACGGUGCAAAUCAAACUUUGUUUCGCACAGUUGACAUGAACGGUGCCGUCUUGGGAACACAGACUUGGCAUACCUGCAUUUGGCAAGUGUUAUUUCCGUUACUGGAUUCCAUUAAAAUAGCCUCUGAAAAAGCCGUUAAGGCGAUGCAUCAACAACAACAGACUACGAGUUCCGAACGGAACACUCCGCAGAAAGAAUAUAGCGGAUUCAUGGUUCAUCAUUCACGAAAUACAAUCGACAAGCAGUGGGAUGAAACGAAGGUAUUGGUGUUGACGGGAAUGUCUGGCAUAUUUAGGAACUUUCUUCCAUUAUUAUUGACUUUCGAAGAUUUCCAGCAAGCAUGGGAAUUGUUAUUAUCACAUUUGCAAGAUUCAUGUUUAUAUUCGAAUCAGGAAGUAGCGAUUGCUUCCAUCAGAUCUUUGAACACAAUAAUUCAUCUUCCUGAGGAUGAAGCACAUACAGAUGAAUUUAGAAAGAAAAUCUUUCAAUUCUGGCAUACUGCAUGGCUUGUCUGGGAGAAAAUAGGUUUAGGCAUUAUCACAGCAUCUGAAAAAAAAAAUAUCAAAGUAGAUAAUCCUGCUAUUUCGUCACCAGCAGAUAGUACGACAUCAACUUCAUCACGUUUCAACCAGGAAACCCUCACUGCCUAUAUUAGCACGUUUAACGAUCUCUAUAAAAUAUUACGCUUUAAUUUUUCUAUCGAGGAAAUAAGAAGGCUAUUGAAAGUUGUCUAUGGAACACUGACUUAUCCUAGUAGUCCUUCGUACAGACCAGAUCACGAUUACCUCACUCCCUUACAAGAGGCAGCUUUGGAUGUUGUAAAAAAUAUAGACCUAAAUGUACCUGGUGCUCCCGCUGCGGUAUUGGGCGAUCUCGCAGAAUAUAUAACCUUGGCAUUCAUGAAAAAAACCCGUGACGAAGGAACCGUCAAUGAAAAAACGGACAAGCAAGGCAAGAAUGAUUUGGUCGAGCAGAAGACACCAGCAAAAAACACAAAUUCGAACACUAAAAAGUCGAAAACGGAGGCACCAGUUACAACGUCUAAAAAGUCAUAUGAAACAGUAACCUUCAUUAUAUUCUCCAAGACUUCCAUGCGUAUGGUUGAGAGCUUGUUUAAAAAGUUUGUGAAGGAUAAGGGGGUUUAUUCCGAAGGUGUCUUUGAGAAAAUCAUUUGGGCAUACGGAGUUCCGAUGAAAUUGAAAUAUAAUUGCCCACCAUCAGGAAAGCAUGUUGAAGACAUUGAGCUUUGGAAGAUUGCCACUACUGCUUUUCUGAAGAUUGUGAAAGAAGGGUUAAUUGCAUUAGAAGGUUUCGGGAACGAUAUUUCCGAUGAACGCUUCGUAAAUACUUGGAAACAGUUAGUCGAUGUUAUUCAAGGCAUCUUGAUAUCUAAUAGUCACCCACCAUCCUUACUCAAAGUGGAUCAACAUGACAUAGAUGAAGCCUUUGAUAUGAAAUGCCUUUUCGACUUACAGACUGCCGUAAUGGUUCAUAUGGGUCGUCCUCGAGUUCCACAAGAUCUUAUUAAGAAGAUGAUUGAGGCGAUAAAAGAUGGGUCACGAUUGUAUUCCACCGACGUGCAAAGGCAAGGAAAUGGAUACUUGAACCGAUCUCCGACGCCACCCAAUAAAGUAAAUGAACCACAUCUCAAAAAAGCUCUUGAGGAGGUGGAAGGAAUAACUACUACAAUUGUUCCUGUAGCUAGAGAAGGAUUUGCGUAUGCUUGUUUGCAAUGCUUAUUCGAUUUAUGUUCAGAUGAACAAGAAGACGAAGUUGGCAUACGGAAUCGCAUUGCAGAAGUUACAGCACCUGUAUUAUUAGAAAGGUGCGCAUCGGUGAUCCGUAAUUAUACUGCGGAUCAACCUUUAUUAGGAAAAUUUCCGUUUCCAAGGUCGGUUUGGGAAUUGGAUUGG